AUACACUUCAAAACGGAAUUCAAAAACAACUGACGUCGUGUAAUCAAACUGAAUCUAAAAUAAUUGAAUCUGUUCAGUCUUGUACAAAGAAGACUACGCGGCGAUCUGAUUCAAGCGUUUAAAAUCCUAAAAGUCUGAACGGAUCAGCCUCACUCAAAGGAAGUUUCUGAGAUGGAAGCAGCUCACAUCAGCCCAGAGCUUCCUAUUCGAUGGGUUGUUUCUGCAGACAGGACUGUUGAGAUCAAGGAGGAAGUGACUGAGCUGGGGUGUGAUCAGGCCAAUGAGCGGAUCCUGCAGGAGGAAACGCCACCUUCUAGCAUCACUGAGAGAGAUCCCAAAGAGAGCCAUGCUGUUCCUAAAUGUGAAGCACAGGAGGAACCAACGAUAGAAGCAGUUUACAAACUAGAGGAGUCCUUUGACCAGGAGUGGUGUGCAAGUCUAAAGCAGGUUACAGAGCUGACAUGUGUUAAAGAUGAAGAGGUCCCUCGACUGGAAUGUGUUCCUAUUAAAGAGGAAUUCAUAGAACAGGAAUGUGUCCCCAUCGCAGAGGAAGUUCCUGCUGAAAAUAAUGUCUGUACACUUGAGGAGAACAACCAGCUGGGAUCCAGCCUGUGUGAUGAUUGUCCACCUGAAUGUGAACUGGGAUUUAGAGCUGCUAAAGGAAAUCCCACAGGAGGGACUCCAUUUCCCUGUGCUGAUUGUGGAAAGAGAUUCAGUUGUUUAUCACAGCUGGAAAUUCACCAGCGUGUUCACACAGGAGAGAAACCUUAUCACUGUAAAGACUGUGGGAAGAGAUUCACACAGUUAGGAAGUCUUCAAUCACACCAGCGCAUUCACACAGGAGAGAAACCUUAUCACUGCACUGAGUGUGGUAAGAGUUUCACACAGUUAGUAAAUCUUCAAUCACACCAGCGCAUUCACACAGGAGAGAAACCUUAUCACUGCACUGAGUGUGGGAGGAGUUUCACGCUGUUGCAAAAUCUUAAAAUCCACCAGCGAGUUCACACAGGAGAGAAACCUUAUCACUGCACGGAGUGUGGGGGGAGUUUCACCCUGUUGCAAAAUCUUAAAAGACACCAGCGCAGUCACACAGGAGAGAAACCUUAUCACUGCACGGAGUGUGGGAAGAUAUUCAGUCGUUUAUCAAGCCUCACAAGACACCAGCACAGUCACACAGGAGAGAAACCGCAUCGCUGUUCUGAUUGUGGGAAGAACUACGGUCGUUUAUCAAGCCUUAAAAGGCACCAGCACAGUCACACAGGAGAGAAACCUCAUCACUGCACUGAAAAUGGGAAGAAGUUCAGUCAUUUCCUGGGUUUUGAAGGACACAAAAUAAUUCACAGAAUUUCAGCCACUUUAACACCAGGAGUAAGUCUGACUAAAAUACAGAAAUAUUUACUGAAAACAAAAUAAUAAAACUUGCUUGAUUAAAGUGUUACUCCUAAUCACUUCAGAUCAAAAACGUUUACUCACGGAUGGAAAAUAUGAACCAUUACAUCUUGUUUGGGUCCAUUCAUCAUGUUGUUGACCAUUCUGAUUUUGUUAUGUCACAUUAGCAAUCUGAAAUAUUAAUUUUGUCUCCUGCAUUGCUGAGUCACUCAGUUUGAACAUUAGGAUUAUUAUAUGUAACUCCCCAUUGGUGACCAAGUCUCCAGCUCUUUCAAGUCAAUUAUUAGUUGUUUAUUUAGCAGACGCCUUUAUCCAAGGCGACUUACAGAGGCUAGAGUGUGAACUAUGCAUCAGCUGCAGAAUCACUUACAAUUACGUCUCACCCGAAAGACAGAGCACAAGGAGGUUAAGUGACUUGCUCAGGGUCACACAAUGAGUCAGUGGCUGAGGUGGGAUUUGAACCGGGGACCUCCUGGUUAUAAGCCCUUUUCUUGAACCACUGGACCACACAGCCUCCUAUCAAUGCUAAGCUUUGGUCAUUUCUGAACUUCACAUCUCAAAUAUAGUUUUGUUGUCGACAGGCUCUGACUGCAAUAUAACAACCCCUGUGACGGGAGGUUUGUGCUGGCUAUCGGGCGCAUGUGUGAUCCUGCGGAGGGGGAUCGCCUGCCAAUCAUGCUGAUGACACAAAGAGGAAGCUCUGACCGGAGAAUUGUCAUAGACGCCUACGGACGGAGAAUAAAAAGAAACUGCCGGUUCCUGAUACAGCAGCUGGUAGAGAACCAGAAAUCAGCAGAGAAUCAGAAAUCGGCAGGGAAUCAGAAAUCAGUAGAGAAACAGAAAAGCAGAUAUGGCUGAAGAUGCCAUCUAUACUAUAAGUUAUCACAUACCCAUGCUGCUAAAGUAGAGUCCUUGGGACGUUAUUUAUUUUAGCUCAUGGGGGAUCUGGGCAACCCCACUAAAGUAUUGAGGGAAUAGGAGAACAUCACAUAAUCCUGUAGCUCGCAGGUUAGCGGAGGUGGCGAAACCCUGCUUAUAGCAGCACUUUUCUUUGUAGUUUUGUUAGUGUUUUAUUUUCCUUUUUUUCUUUCAUCGUUUGGCUUUGAACUUUACGUUUGCUUUCUAGCAUUUGCAAACCAUAUUGUAAUGUAUGCAUAUGGUUUAUUUUCUGAACUUUGCAGCAUGUUCAGUGGUGAAUGUCUGUAUCUUUUAGCUUGCUAACCUGUUGGGUUAGUUAUUUUUACAUGAUUACACUUGACUGCCAAAGAACAGGAACAGUGUGCCCCGGACUGGAUGGGUUGGCAAUUCAUUCCAGGGGAAAUCGGAAGUCGGCCAUCCAGAAAGGGAGCGGAGUCACAAUACCAGAAGUCAUCGCCUUAAUGCGGUCGGCGAUGUGUCAAUCGUGGAUUGGAGGAAAAACGAUUGCACUCGCUAUCGGAGGGGCCGUGACUGAGGGUAUAUCAGGGGAUGUGGCAGAGCAAUCUUGCUUUUGUUAUGGUUGUGAAAAGACCUGUAAAGUACGUGCGAGUGAAAAAUAACUGUGAGUGUUUUCUAUAACCUCUGUCUAUUAAUUGUCACAUUUGUAAUUUAUAACUAAAAUUCGGGAGCUGUCACUAUCAGCCAGCACCAACCCCGGGCUACACUGCACUACUGUUUCACUAAUUGCUGUGUAAUUCACCACUUGCACUAGGAGCACUCGCUGUUGGAUAUUGUGAUCGUGUGUGUAUAGUGUGUGGUAUUAUUAUUUCAGGACUGAACCCCGUGGUUUUAACUGUGCCAUACACAUCGUUGUGUAGGGCCAGUUAUUUUAUUAUUUUUCCUUCAAGCAACCAUUCAAGUAAAAGAGCUGUUUUUCACUGU